AUGCAAGGAGAAAAGUCUCUAGCCGUUGGAGAAACAGUGUGGGCAAUGUGGCCGGGAAGCAGGAAAUAUUACGAAGCUACAAUUCUCAAUGUCGGCAAAACUAAGGUUGAAGUUAACUUCAAAGAAAACUACAAAACGGAAGUCGCUCUAAAAAAUGUUUACGUGAGUAUAAUUUUUAUCUCGCAUGCAAACGUGAUCCCUUAGGUUUAAAAAGAAGCUUGAUGAAAAUCGGGCAGUAUUUUGAUCGUUUUAGCGAACAAAUGAGACUGUGUUUAUCUUCUGUUGCGGGAACACGCCAUGUUGAUGGCGUUGUUAAUACCUCUCGUGAAAUUUCCCUCAUUCAAUUUACUUAUAGGCUGAUAACGUAAAAUAAUAAUACUUUUUCACAUGCAAUGUGCAUCGUUGAAUUUGCCUCGUUGAAAGACUCGAUUGAGCUGAGCUACACGACUUGGGAAAUUGUAAACAAUUGCUGUACGGUCCUUCUUUCAUGAACGAUUGAUUCACUUUAGAGUUUUAAAAGCGACAUUGUAUCGAGGUAGAACUUAAGCUUAGGUCUAAAUAUUUGAUGUAAGUUUCUUACCAGAGGUAUCCUUGCAUCUUUUUGUAGAGGCAACUUCCUUUUCGUUCCCGUUCAACGUCGCCCGCGCGAUCGCCAGCACGGAGAAGGUCUCGCUCGCCAGGGCGAAGAUCCCGUUCACGAUCACGAUCUCCGGCAAGAAGUCGGGGACGUCCUCCAGCCCAGAAGACGUCGGAAGAAAGUCUUGUCGCAAAGGUUAAACAAGAAAUAGCGACUCCGAGUCGGCGUUCUUCUAGAAGAAGCAGAAUGCCCGAAAAAACUGUAGAAGAGUCUUCGACUUUAACCACAACUGUUACCAAAGACAGUGCGACCGUUACUACCACGCGUGUGACUCGGUCUGUCACGAAGAAGCUUAUUGCAGAGGAAAAGGAGGCCUUUCAUACACCAGAGGUCAAGCCAAAUCCAAUGAAUAGCAGUCAUGGAUACGAAUUCGGUGGCCCAGUUGGAGUGUGUUUAAUGAUGAUCGGGCUUCCUGCAAUGGUUAUAGCGUCAUACUUGUUUUGUAACAAAGACGGAUGCUCAAUCCAUCAGCGCCCAUCGAUUCCACAAGUUUGGAGCUUCACUGGAGGAUUUUUCGACAUUGGUCAUCUGAUUGUCCUUGGAUGGAUCAUUUUCCAGGCGAUUAUUUACAUGUUGCCCAUUGGAAAGGUAACUAUUUAUGUCUUGUGACAUUUCCUUACAUAUUACGUGUAUAGAGAAGUGUUGAAUUCGCCCUUGACCUUGAUCACGUGGUUUAGGGAAGUCUCAAUUGUAUCAGCACAUACAAAAAAGUCUUCCACGUAACUAGUUGAAUGCAAAGCCAUUUUAAGGACCAUUUAAAAUAGUGAAUCACACUUUCAACAACAACCCUCCUCCCCUAUUUAAUGCUACUCCUCCCCUUUUCAAUACUGUAUAAUCUCAGAAAACAUGGAGAAACAUCGGUCAAGGGAGUAACUCUCUAGGUAGGGGUGUGGGGAAGAAAUAAUAUUCCUUCCAGCGUGAAAAAUAUGUAGGUUUUAAUUUUUACAGUUAUUUAAGAUUGUCUUUCAAUGUCUGAAAGCCACAAAAUUUUUUUUGUCUUCAGCCAGAUGCAGAAAAAUUUAAUACUGAUUCAGGUGUCAAUUUAUAUUCUCCAUAACUGCACUCUUGAAAUAUCUAUCUCAGGACUAUUUAUCAUAUAGCUCCACCCAGUAUAGCUCAAAAGGUUGUGAUGGUCUUCUGUUCAAACAGAAAAUAGAUUAAAAAAAUUCUUAGCUAAAAUCCCAAACCAUAAAGGAACUGUUCUUGCAAACAUGGUAGUAUUCACCAAUCUGCAAAUAAAGCACAUAGAAAUUUUUAAUUUUAUUUCACAUGCAAUAUAUGGAAGCAGUUCAAGCACUCAAGCUUUUUUAAUCAUGAUGAAGUUAAGCACAACCUGUUGUUGUCUGCCAUAUUUGUUUGGUGCAAUAUUGGCUCACAAUCUAGUUUUUUGUCCAGGUCAUCAAGGGACGAGUGCUUGCAGAUGGAACAUGUCUUGAUUACAGAACAAAUGGUAAGAAAACAUUAUUUACUAACGUGCAGUCCAUAUGAACAAUUUCUGAUAACUUGCUAACAGCUUGAGAAAUCAACUGUACCUGUAAACAACUGUUUUAGUGUCCUUGCAUUCCCAGUUUACAAAUUGUCAUUGCUAAAUUUGCCUCAUAGGUUGCAAAUUCAGCAACCCGGUUUAGUAACUUUUAGUAACCUAGUUUUUAUUGUUUUAAGUUUUGUAUCUGACUGAACCACCCCUAGAGAAAAGUGAUACAGGAUGAUAUUUGACACAAUUAAACACUGAUAGUCAAUUUUACUUCCAUAUAGGUUUCAUUGCCUUAAUCCUAAGUGCAGUUGGGUUUGCAGUGUGCCUUUAUUUCAAAGUGCAGGUUAGCAUGGUCUAUGACACUUUCAUUGGAAUCAUCACAGCGACUAUCUUGUGGUCUUUUAUCGUAGCUGUCAUUGUUUACAUUAUGGCAUGCCAACAGAAAAGAGGUUUGGCUCCAGGAGGUAACACAGGUAAACAAUUAAUUGUGAUGAGCAAUAUUUAUCACUUAUCUGAAAUUACUUUAUUUCACACUAGUGUUUCUCAUAUACCAUAUGACAUGUUAAAAGUUUACCUAAACCCCAAACUCACAAGUUAAGAAUCAAUUAUAGUUUUCAUGGAUAGAAAAGAAUGAUCUUCUAAAAAGUUUAUACACAGGAAUCAAAUUUUGUAACAGUGACGUGAUGUCUCCUGGAAAUGUUGGAUUCAACUCUUUGUUAGGGUUGACAUUAUUUUCACCAUAAUUAGAACUAUUCCCUUGUGUUUUUAAUCAGUGCCUAAGCAUGCAAACAAUUUUUUUCCUUGCCAGGUAAUGUGAUCUAUGACUUCUUUAUGGGACACCAGCUCAACCCACGAUUGGGAAAAUUUGAUUUCAAAUUCUUUUUCGAAGUCAGGCCUGGACUAAUAGGAUGGGUAAGGGAAGACUCCUAUUUUCUGGAAAACUAAAUAUGGGCCAGGUUGUUCAAAGUUAGGUUAAGAUAACCCAUGGUUAGUGUGAAAUCUGAGCUUUAAAAAGAAAAUUCAUUGUAAUUGUUUUCAUCUGGAAUGUUAUCAUUGGAUGCUCUAAAAGAAAUUGAUAAAGUUACCCAAAGGAACAAAGGAAUCAAAAGUGCCAGAAUUAAAAUUUAACCUUAGGUGAGCACUAAUUGACCUUUGAACAACUGGUGCCAGUAUUUAAGUUAUAAGUUAUUACUUUGUAUUUAGGGUGAAGUGAAUUUCUUUCAUAUGAGCCACUUGAUAAGUAAAGGCAAUAGUCCAAUGUGGUUUGUUAUUUUGCAAGUGAGUCACUAGAUUACUUACUGAAUUGUAUGACGCUAUAUCCUUUUACCAAUAAAUCAAAAGUAUGACAAAAUUUGAGAAAACAGUUAAUUCAACAAAAUGAGCAACAACAGCAUGCAAACAUGAAGCAUGCUGUUCAAUUUCAGAGGUAGGUAUCUACUGUCAUAUUACAACUGUCUUAUUACAAGCAGGACAUGUACACUAACCUAUUAGUGCACGAAUGGGAUUAGUGAUAAGCUGUCACAAUUGAGAAUUUUGUUAUUGUUUUAAUUAAAUAGGUAAUUUUGGAUCAUUACAUUUAAGUAUGGUCAGAUUAUUCUAAACUUCAUGGUUAAUCACUUGUUACAACAGGUGAUGAUCAACUUUUGCAUGGCUGCCAAAGAAUUCAACAAGAGAGGGGAAGUUUCUCCCGCAAUGAUGCUUGUGUGCAUCUUUCAGUUGAUAUAUGUAGCUGACUGCUUAUUUUAUGAGGUGAGUACUGUGUGCAUAAAGAUUCAUUUGAUAUUCAUGCACUCAAACUUCUAUCUAUGGGCACCUUCCUUUAUAGCCACUCUUUGCCUGAGGCAGAGAACUGUUCAUACUUUGUUCCUAAUGACUUUUUGGCUCAUGUACCUGAACAUAAUUAUACUGUUAUUGUUUUAGUCUUCCAUCCUAAGUACAAUGGACAUCAUUGAUGAAGGAUUUGGCUUCAUGUUGGCAUUUGGAGACAUAUCAUGGGUUCCAAUCAUGUAUUCCAUACAGGCGCGUUAUCUUGUGGAUAAUCCAGUAAUGAUAACAAAUCUUACAAUUGCUGCAAUAGUAACUCUAUUUGGUAGGUGCUUUUAGACUUAUACAGUGCAUACAUACAAUUUACCUUAAAACUUCAUAUAAAUACAUAUCAUUUGAUCAGAAAUGGCACUGUGCAUACAGUGUGAGUGAUAAAGCGAACCUUGCCGUUUCUGCUACUUUCACUCCCCCUCCUUACUGUCGCUUUGUAAACCAAGUUAUUUCAAUGUAUAAACAUUUGGUGGUGUAUACUGUCUUAAAAUCAUGUCCAUUACCUGGAAUUAGUUCUUUACCAAUGAUGUACAAGCUGUGAUAGUACAAGUCAGAUAUUAUAAGCUGAUAUGCGUGAUAAAGUUAUAUUUCCAUGCCAUGAUAUGAUAUUUAUUUGAUAUUUCCUUUUUAUUGCUAUUUGUGAUAAUGAUUUAUCGUAGAAGGAAUUAUACGCCUAGUGAACUUCAGCUUCCCAUGAAGAUUUCUUUCCAGUAAAAUUGUCUCUGCAAAGAUGGUGGAUAUGAUGCGUUCUCGAAUAUGCUUUAUAUUUAAGAUUGAAUGGUGAUAGAGGAUGGCUGGAUGUUCAUGUAACCAUACAUGUACAUUAUCUGGUAUAAACAUUUAAGGUUUCAAUGGAGUUUGGUCCUUUUUUCAGUUAUUGGGUAUGGGAUAUUCCGUGGAGCCAACUCCCAGAAGGACAGAUUCAGAACUGAUCCUGACUCUGAGGAGUUCCGAGGUAAAGCGUCUUAAUGCGAUUACUUUAAAGAAUAAAAAUACCUUCAUCUGCUUGAGAACAUUACUUUUUUAUGAGAAGGCUACUCAGUGUGGUAGUAGGGUGAGAUUAAACUCCAUCCUGACAGGGAAAUAUAUUGCCUUCAAGGAGAAAUAUUUCGUUCAAGGAGGGAACAUCUGUAGUUAAUAUGAUAUUGUUGGUGGUAAUGACUUUAUUAACCCUUACUCUCAAACAGAUGAAGAAACCAUUCUAACCCCAACUGGUCGACGACUCCUGGUCUCUGGCUGGUGGGGCCUGGUGCGACAUCCUAACUACCUGGGUGACAUUAUUAUGGCAAUCGCUUGGUCCAUUCCUUGUGGUAAGUCUGAAUAUGAAUUAAAAUGCACAACACAUCUCUCUAGUUUCUAGUGAAAGAUUGUGAUUCAGGGCAGACUUUUGCGUCUGGAAAACUUUUGUAUCUCACUUACCUUCUCACGCGAAUUUGCGAAGGCGUUACCUUCUCGCUUCGAUGUAGAAUGUGCUGCGCUCACGUUCUUGAGAGGCGGAUGGUUGUCGGAAGCUGAGAGUUCUUUCCUUGCACGCACAACAAGUCGUUGGUCAUUUUGAAUCGUUUAUCUAACUAAUAUUAAAAAAGGGUUUUCCAGUUCAGUAGUUGAUUUCAAAGCGCAAUAGACGUAACAGCAAAGCGUAAACGUCCGUGCUCUGCCCGGGUCUUUGCUUCAGUAAGGACCACGCUGCAUCGUCUCCUUUGGACUCUUUUCCCGUAAACUCUUCGAGUCCACUUACAACUUUCUUCUUGAUUUUCUUACCAGGCUUUUCAAACCCAUUCCCGUUUUUCUACCCGGUGUAUUUGACAAUUCUACUGGUUCACCGUGAAUUCCGGGACGAAGCAAACAGCCGUCGUAAGUACGGAGCAAGCUGGGACGAGUAUUGCCGGCGAGUGCCCUACCGCAUUCUACCCAAGAUAUUUUAACUUUCUUGCGCUUAUCGUUUUAAGGUUUUUUUUUACUCUGUGAAACAACCGUCUCUACAUUGCCUUUUAGAAGUCUUUUUUAGUGUAAAAGUUUAUACCAUAAAAAGUAUUUUUUAACUUUAAAAAUCAAAGAAGUGGCCGAGGAAAUUCUGGAAGGUAAAAAAAAAAACACAUUUUAGUAGACAAGAUUUUUCCGAGAAGUUCUUUUCUAUAGAGAUUUUUUUCGCAGAGCCCAUGGCUAUGAGCCUAUGGGUAUGAUAAUAUAUUUAUGUAACUUUCGUUUUGGCCAUUAAUUGUGUCGGUUCCAUAUGAAGAAAUUUUACUCAGACAUCCAUUAUAUCGUAAUUUUCGAUGCAUGCAUGACAAAAAAGCCCAGGAUAUAUAUUAGUUACACUAUACACUAAGUAAUUAUGUGCCUUGCGAGGAUCCUUGCCAGCAGGCUCUCAUUAGCGCGAGAUUCGAGCCCUCAAGUGAAACAAGCGUACCAGAGAUCUACUAACAAGUCGUGCUAGAAACUAUGUGGACCUCUCGCGGGGUAGGAACGCGCGACAUCGCCGCUCGUGUGGCAGCGCAAACGAGAGCCUGCUGGCAGGUUCAAUGAUAGUGAUAUAUUUAGAUUAAGAACUUGUUUUAAGGUUAUGGUUAAGGUCGGGACGCAAUAAGCGACAAACUUACUGCGAUAGGUCUCUGCUUCCGAAAAGAGUUUCACUGUUACUGUCGCAUAAGCUCAAACCUGUGUGAAAUUAUACAAAGAGCUGUCAGAAUGAAGGGUCGAAAUUACCACUAGUGAGUCCCCUUCCCAACUGAAAAUUGAUAUUUGGUAACCGGUAAUUUGGAGUCUAGUCGCCAGGAGACGAUUAACUUCACGUGAUGUCAACGUUCUUCAUGUAAACUAGUGCUAAAGAUACGAAAUGUCGGUUUUUUCGUUUUGCUCUUGCAUCCUCAACAAUUAGGGAUAUGAAACCUCUUUAAAACUUCGCAGUUUUGUAUUGCCCCUUGUAGGAAAGAUUUAAGAUUGGGGCCUCUAUUGGUAAGCGAAAUUGCUCCAUCUGGCGACUGAAACAAAAUUGUCACUGUACGGGACGUAAAGUGACAAUUUUCGGCCCUGAAAAUUCUGUCACGUGAAAGAGGAUUUCCUUUAAAAUUAAAGAAAUACGCCGUCGUUGCGACUUUUGGUUUAGUGCAUCCCGACCUUGAUGUUUUAAAGUGAAAAACAGUGAAAAGCCCAUAAACUGAAAUCAAAAUCACUGUAUAAUUACUUAACCGGAGAGCAUGAUAGCCGAUCUUGCUGACCUUUUUAAUGUAGGAUACGUAUCGACACAUUUCUCGUUGUAUAAUACAUCUAAGUUUACCUUUUACAGAAAGUCUAUGGCUACUUAUUUUUGGUUAUACAAUCGAACAGUCCCUGACCAUUCGUAAUAACGCCCGGCAGAAAUGAAGAAGUCUUCAAGACUGACGCAGAUGAAACUACAGCUAUAUGUAGUUGGUGUUUGCAUUAGUCGAGGCAGCGAGAGGUUCGGGUUAUUUUCAAGGGAUUGAAAGAAACAUAGCUUGUCAUUCGUAUAUUAGUAUGAGAGGGUUUGUGCUAACGUGUAGCAAGGAAAGUUUAUUGCAAGCUCAAGAAAAUGUUUAAUCAGGCGUGGAAAAUAAUCUAGGACUGCGCCGGCUCUACCUCAUUACGCUCUUUGAUUGGUCUAGAAAGUUCGUGCCAAUCCCUAACCAAUCGCGACUUAGAGACUUGGCUCCAGGAUUCUGACUCCACUUGAAGGUUCUAAGAAAUAUGUUUGAAAAAACAAACCAAAAAAUAUACGUUAAAGCCUUUGGAGCUGUAAAUUUCUUGGACAGUAACCCUUUUCGCUGUUAGAAACAAAUACACGAAGCAAACCAUCGUGUAGAAUGAGCAGCAAUGGCAGUUAAAAAACGUACGUCUGUUGAAGUAUUUGAUGCCUUUGUUUCGCAGGGGUAGUCAUGUACAUAUAUGUAUGUAG